ACUAAAAGAGUGAGUUCUUUCGUUACGCCACUGCUUGCCUCCAUGGAAGUGUGCAACAGUUUUCAUUUCAUUUCCAUUGCAUGUGUAUGUGCUUUAUCUCAAUAACAGAAAUCAAUAAAAACCGAAUUGAACACGCCUCACUUCGUUGAAAUAUCCCACAUUACAAAUAAAAAUUUAGAUACGUGCUCUAUGUUUCUAUCGAUAAAAUUCUUCGGUUUACGGUAUAUACAUUUCUUUUCAAAUGAAGGACCGCUGUUUUAUUGGUCUGGUUUUCCUCCUAUUUUUCAAUACGACGCAGAUUAUCACAGCUUCCAAUAAAUGUGAACACAGAAUACUCGAGGAUGGGGAAAAGUUGUCGAGAAAUUAUAUACUUUAUUUGCAUAACGAACAUAGGACCAUGGUCGUCAACGGUACCAUCAAAGGUCAACCCAAAGCUUCUGCAGCAUCGAUGAAUAUGUUGAAAUGGGACCCAAAGCUUGAGGAUUUGGCCGCAGAAGUAUCGAGAUCUUGCGAAUUUAAACAUGUUGAUGUUAACACUACUGAAUUUCCAAAUGGACUCGGGCAAAACCUCUUCAGAUCUUGCUCUAAUAAGAGAAGAAAACAGAAUUGGAAAAAGGUGAUCGGUGACUGGUAUAAUGAGAACAGAAUCUAUAGGUUUCCAGAUGAGCCAACUAUAUCAAAUGGGCAUUAUACACAGCUGAUUUGGGGGAAAACCAAAUUUGUAGGAUGCGCUUACACAGAGUAUUUUAGGGGAAAUUCCACAAAGUUACCAUACUGUACACUUUAUGUUUGCCACUACGCGCCUAGAGGGAAUGUAGUGGGGGAAACACCAUACAAGCCAGCUGGAUAAAAACAUUUUUAUUUCAAAGAAACAGUUGCAUUUAUGCUCAAAUAAAAUUGUCACUAGUUGA